UGUUGGGUGGAAACCGAAACCGGGAAAACAGUGGUAGAACCUUAGAAGGAUGCUAAACAACGCCACUCACCAUCUUUCUCGAAUCCUUCUUCUUCUCCAACUCCCAAAAAAAAAGCACCAAACCAUCACCCCAACCACCAGAAGAAGAAGAAGAAGAAGAAGAAGAAGCCUCACUUCCUCCUCCUCAUCCUCUUCAGCAUCGCCACCCAUGCAAAUGCAAACUCCUUCCACUGGAGAACAACAAGAUGACGACGAUAACAACAUUAAGAAAAGCAUAUACCACUACCACACUGUAACCAAACACUCAUACCCAUCUUCCUACGCCCCCGGACCUCACAACCUCGAUUGGUCCAACCAACCAAACCCUUUCCUCCGCUUCCUUUCCUCUCCAUCCAUCUCUCUUCCUCAUCCUUCUUCUCCUUCUCCUUCUCCUCACUAUCCUCUUCUCUUCUCUUCCUCCUUUCCAUCCCCACCCCUCCCCUUCUCCAUCCUUUCCCUUUCUUAUCUCCUCUUCCACUCCCUCUCCCUCUCCGCCUGGAAAUCCACCUCCUUUUCUACCUGGUCCCUCCGUGUCAACCCCUCCAGCGGCAACCUCCAUCCCACCGAAUCCCACCUCAUUUCCCCCUCCCUUCCCCCUUCUCAUCCCCCUUUCAUUGCCCAUUACUCCCCCAAGGAUCACUCCCUCCAACUCCGCUCCUUCCUCCCUUCUCCCCUCGUUCCCAACUCCCUCCUCCUCGCCUUCUCUUCCGUCCUCUGGCGCGAAGCCUGGAAGUAUGGCGAGCGUGCCUUCCGCUACUGCAACCACGACGUCGGCCACGCCAUCGCUGCCGCUGCCAUCUCCGCCGCCUCCCUUGGCUGGGACUCUCGCCUCCUCGACUCUCUCUCCCACUCCGACCUCGAUUCCCUCCUCGCUAUCAAGGCUACCUACCCGCCUCCUCCUCCUCAGUUCCCUGACCGCCCCGUCCGCGGACGGUUCCCUUGGAUCGAGGCCCAGCAUCCUGACUGCGUCCUUGCUCUCUUUCCUUUUGGUUCGGAUGUUUCUAUUGAUUACUCCGCUCUCCGGGAUGCUAUCUCGAGGCUUUCGGAUCUUGAGUGGCUUGGCAAGCCGGCUCCCCUCAGCAAAGACCAUGUUUGCUGGGAUCUUAUCUACAAGACUGCGGAGGCCGUCAAGAAGCCUUACACUCCCUCUGAUGGAUUCUCCGUCAAUCCUUUCCGCCCCAGCGGGCUGAUAUCCAAGGCUUUGUACAAGGAUUUCACUGUUUGGGAUGUGGUCAGGAAGCGGAGGAGUGCUGUGGAUAUGGACGGGGUUCAUGUGAUGGAAAGGGAUACUUUCUACCAGAUUUUGUUGCAUUGUCUUCCCUCUGGAGAGCUCGGGCCAGAGGAGAAGCAGGGGAAGCAAUUUGCAUUGCCGUUCAGGGUCUUGACUUGGGAUGCUGAGGUGCAUGCAGUGUUGUUUGUGCAUAGUGUGGCUGGCUUGCCGCGGGGAUUGUAUUUCCUCGUAAGAAAUGAAGAUCAUUUUGAGAGUCUCAAGCGAGCUAUGAGGCAGGAGUUUGAGUGGGAUAGACCAACAGGCUGCCCUGCUGGAUUACCACUCUAUAGACUUGCCAAGGGUGAUUGUCAGGAGCUCGCCAAGCAGUUGUCUUGCCAUCAGGAAAUCGCCUCUGAUGGAUGCUUCAGCUUGGGCAUGGUAGCUCGCUUUGAUCCGGUAUUGCGUGAAAAGGGUGCUUGGAUGUAUCCUCGUUUGUUCUGGGAGUCUGGUGUUCUUGGUCAAGUUUUGUACCUUGAAGCGCAUGCAGUUGGCAUAUCUGCCACUGGAAUCGGUUGCUACUUUGAUGAUGCAGUGCAUCAAAUUCUUGGACUGGAUGGGUUAGAGUUCCAGAGCCUUUAUCAUUUCACCAUUGGAAGCCCUGUGCUGGACAAAAGAAUAAUGAGUCUACCUGCGUAUCCAGGUCCAGAUAUUGAUGCAUAAUUUUCUCAGGAUACAUAUCCACAAACAUAGUGUCUACAGGUAUACAUAAACCUACCCUUCUCUUUGCAUAUACUACAAAUGCUUAGCGCCGGGUUGUUUUCUUCUUACUAGCGUGUAGGAUGUCAUAUUUUUUCCAUGCAGUGAGAUGAAAGUUGUCCUCAUGUUAAUGUAUAUUGACAUUUCCAGAGUGCUGUUUUGUAGGUUAUAUCAUAUACUGGGUGUCAUUUCUUUC